UCCUUAGAUCGCCGGCCGAAAAUUUGUCCCAUACUCUUUACCGAAUCUGCUGAAUCUCAUCUGCUUCAAUGAUUCCAUUUCUGUUUUAUAAGCAGAAUCGCCUCCCUCUCACCUCCAUUCCCUCUCUUCCUCUUCCAUGGAUUCUCCGCUUCCCGCCAUUUUUCUCCUCAUUUUCUCUCUCUUCUCCGCGGCUUAUUCCUCCACUCUCGGCGUCCAAUACAUUUCCGAACUUCUCCAAAUCCAAGACCGCGAGAGAGCUCCUCCUUCCCUCCAGGUUGCGGCGGCUCGUGCCGUUCUCCAUCGCCUGAUUCAUUCUCACUCUUCCGCCUUUGAAUUCCGAAUCAUUUCUAAGGAGAAAUGUGGUGGUGAAGGAGCUUGUUUCGUUAUCAACAACCAUCCUUCUUCUUAUAAAUACGGAGCUCCAGAGAUUAUAAUCAGUGGUGUCACUGGGGUGGAAGUUUUGGCUGGUCUACACUGGUACUUAAAGUAUUGGUGUGGUUCACACAUAUCCUGGAAAAAAACUGGUGGUGCACAACUAUUCUCAAUACCUCAGUCAGGCUCUCUCCCUCGUGUUCAAGAUAGUGGAAUCUUGGUGCAGAGACCUAUUCCAUGGAAUUACUACCAAAAUGCUGUUACAUCAAGCUAUACUUUUGCUUGGUGGGAUUGGGAAAGAUGGGAACAGGAAAUUGAUUGGAUGGCUCUCCAAGGUAUCAACUUGCCGUUAGCAUUUACUGGGCAAGAAACCAUCUGGAGAAAAGUUUUCCAGAAAUUCAAUAUAACCAAUUCCGAUUUGGAUGACUUCUUUGGGGGCCCUGCAUUUCUUGCUUGGUCACGUAUGGGGAAUUUGCACGGAUGGGGUGGACCACUUCCAGAAAGUUGGUUUGAUGGACAAUUAACUUUGCAAAAGAAAAUUCUUGCCAGAAUGUAUGAACUUGGAAUGACUCCAGUCCUUCCAGCUUUUUCUGGCAAUGUUCCUGCAGCAUUAAAAGAUAUAUUCCCUUCAGCAAAGAUAGCACAGUUGGGUAAUUGGUUUUCUGUUAAAAAUAACCCUAAAUGGUGUUGCACUUAUCUACUUGAUGCAACUGAUCCCUUGUUCGUAGAGAUUGGGAGAACCUUCAUUGAGGAACAACUAAAAGAAUAUGGAAGAACAAGCCACAUCUACAACUGUGACACAUUUGAUGAGAAUACCCCUCCGUUGGAUGAUCCAGGGUACAUCUCCUCAUUAGGUGCAGCAAUCUUUAGUGGGAUGCAGAGUGGUGAUGAAAAUGCCAUGUGGCUAAUGCAGGGAUGGCUGUUUUCAUAUGAUCUGUUCUGGAGGCCUCCACAAAUGAAGGCACUUCUACACUCUGUUCCCUUGGGGAAGUUGGUCGUCCUUGAUUUGUUUGCUGAAGUGAAACCCAUCUGGAUUUCUUCAGAGCAGUUUUAUGGUGUUCCUUACAUCUGGUGCAUGCUACACAACUUUGCAGGGAAUGUUGAGAUGUAUGGAAUUUUGGAUGCAAUUGCUUCUGGCCCUAUCGAAGCUCUUAAAAGUGAAAACACAACAAUGGUUGGCAUUGGGAUGUCAAUGGAAGGUAUAGAACAAAAUCCAAUUGUUUAUGAUCUCAUGUCUGAGAUGGCAUUUCAACACAAAAAAGUCAAUGUCGAGGCAUGGAUUGAACUGUAUAUAGCAAGGCGUUAUGGUCAAUCAUUUCCUUUAAUAAGAGACGCAUGGAGUAUAUUAUACCACACAAUCUACAAUUGCACAGAUGGUGCCUAUGACAAGAAUAGGGAUGUUAUCGUAGCAUUUCCGGAUGUCAGUCCAUUCUUUAUUUCAUUACCGCUAGAGAGGUAUCAACACUAUGGUAAACCAACUUCAAGAAGAGCUGUACUAAGGGAGAAAACAAAUGCAUAUGAACAACCUCAUCUAUGGUAUUCAACUUCUGAGGUGAUAAAGGCAUUAGAACUUUUUAUUGCAAGUGGGAAUGAACUAUCUGCAAGCAGCACCUACAGCUAUGACUUAGUUGACUUGAGUAGACAAGCUCUGGCUAAAUAUGCAAAUGAGCUAUUCUUAAAGAUCAUAGACGCCUAUACAUUAAAAUAUGUCGAUAGAGUCACCUCUCUGAGUGAGAAGUUUUUAGAGCUUGUUGAAGAUAUGGACACUCUAUUGGCCUGCCAUGAUGGGUUUCUUCUGGGACCUUGGCUAGAAAGUGCUAAACAACUUGCACAAAAUGAAGAAGAAGAGAAACAGUUCGAGUGGAAUGCAAGAACUCAAAUUACCAUGUGGUUUGAUAACACUGUAGAGGAAGCAAGUUUACUUCGUGAUUAUGGAAACAAGUAUUGGAGUGGACUUGUACGAGAUUAUUAUGGCCCCCGAGCAGCAAUUUAUUUCAAACUUUUGAUAGAAAGUCUAGAAAAGGGCGAGGAGUUCAAGAUGCAGAAAUGGAGGAGGGAAUGGAUAAAACUAACAAACGAUUGGCAGAGCAGUCGGAAGUUGUUUCCGGUGAAAAGCAACGGGAAUGCCAUUAGCAUGUCGAGGUUGCUAUACAACAAGUAUUUAAGGUCAGAGUCUUGAUCUGGAUUCAAAGAGUCAAGAUGUUUGAAUCAACAUUUUGAGAUGAAUAGCUGAAUUCAAAGUUAUCAACGUGUCAAACUUUCGAGAUUAUAAUCAGAGAUGGACCAAGGGAUAUCGGAGUACGGUCGCAUAUCUUGAAAAUUU